GGCGUCGCUGCGCCUCCCGGCAGUGCGUUUAAAUCGGCGGCUCGCAAAAGGAAAGAGAGACAUUCUGCCUAUUUUCUCCUCCCGUUAUCAAACACACACGUUUUCGUUUCUUCCCUUCGGACGGACAUAAGAGAGUCUUGCGAGACCGCGACAGUAUAAUAUCUUGUUGGUGUUUUAAGUAGAAUAUAAAUUAAAAAAAGUCGCGCCGCCAUCAUGGUAUGUUCUAUCGAUGAUAUCGCCGACGAGCUUCCGGCGGAACAAGUUGCCGUUCUGCGCAAAGCUUUUGACAGCUUCGACAGGGACAAGAGUGGCAGCAUCCCCACUGACAUGGUGGCCGAUAUUCUUCGACUAAUGGGUCAGCCGUUCAACAAGAAAAUCUUGGACGAGCUCAUCGACGAAGUCGACGCCGAUAAAUCUGGACGACUCGAGUUUGAGGAAUUCGUCACGUUGGCGGCGAAAUUCAUCGUUGAGGAGGACGCUGAGGCUCUGGAAAAGGAACUUCGAGAGGCUUUCAGGCUCUACGACAAGGAAGGUAAUGGCUACAUCCCGACGACCUGCUUACGCGAAAUCCUGAGGGAAUUGGAUGAUCAAUUGACAAAUGAGGAAUUGGAUAUGAUGAUUGAAGAAAUCGACUCUGAUGGCUCCGGCACAGUUGAUUUUGAUGAAUUCAUGGAGAUGAUGACCGGUGAAUAAUUUUAAAUGAAUGCUUUGGAUCCGAAGACAUAUACAUACGUGUAUAUGCAAUCAUUACGUUUUUAGAAGUAAUCAUUCGCGUGUUUAUGAUGAACCAAAUUUGUACAGCAAAUUUAUUUAGGUAUCCUUCCGUUUUGUGAUUAGCCUCGGAAGCAAAUUCCUGCCAUGAACAUCGCAUCGAAUGAAUAUUCCCCCGCUUUUUUACAUAUAUUAUAUUUCGUAUAAACAAAUUUUACUUUCAUAUAUUUACAUUUCAUAAAUCCUUGGACUUUUUUUCAUUGAAAAAUCAAUAUAUAUUAUUGUUAUUAAUAAAACGAGAUAGAAAAGUCUUUUA